AUGGCGGGGCAGGAGGAACAUACCAGCCACAAUACGAUGCUGCAUCGUGGCGGUGCUCGAUGGGCAUCAGAUCAGUCAGACGGAGAUACUUGCCAUCAAUUGAUCAAUAAUCAAGCAAUAGUAAACUCACUUGACAAGUCCGCACUCCAUCAACCACCACCACUAACCUGGAAACCAUUGACGAUCCUCAGAAGACAGAAGAAGAAGAAAAUGCCACCCAAACUCCCCAUCGCAGACGACUUCCCCCCAAACGCAACCAUCACAAUCUCCUACCCAGGCUCACCCGACACCACCCCACCACCCACCUCAACCUCCGCCCAUAACAUCCUCAUCCUCCUCCACGGCCUAGGCGACACAGCCACCAAAUUCGCCUCCUUCGGCCGCGCCCUCAACCUCCCCGAGACUAUCUGUAUAACCGUCCAGGGUCCCACACCCUUACCGAGCAGUUUUAUCGAUAUUCCCGGUGGAGGAUUCCACUGGGGCGAUGACGUUGUCUUUAACAAUGAUAACGAUAGUCGGACCGAGGGGGCGUUGGCUAUGGAUGCCGGGUUUGAUCGUGCGCGUCGUCUGUUGGUAAAGGAUGUGAUUACGGAUACUUUGGUCAGAAAAUGUGGGUACAAGUUACGCGAUAUAAUGCUUUUGGGAUUUGGACAGGGCGGGAUGGCGGCGUUGGAUGCCGCGAGGGAACUGGGUUUACAUCCCCCCGUUGAAGAUGAAAUGACCGUCGCAGCAUCGAUUGAGUCUUCGACGGAGUCGACCUGGACGCCGUCCAGCGCGAGUGCGAGGGAAGGGAGGGGUAAAAUAGGUGAUAAAUCGUAUUAUCCCUCGUUGUCGGGUGUGGUUUCGUUUGGUGCUGCUUAUCCUCUCUCGGCGAGUACGUUAGGUCCCAAAGACAGGACGCCGGUGUUGUUGCUUGCAGGUCGAGAUGAUGGUUUUUCGGCGGUGACGGAUACGGCUCUUAAAAGGACAAGGGAUAUCUUCGAGUUCGUCGAGAUUCAUCGUUGGAAUAGACGAGGGGAUGGUAUGCCGCGGAGCAGAGAGGAUAUGUUGCCGGUUAUGCAAUUUUUUGCGAGGAGACUCCAGAGUAGGAAAGGUGUGCCAGAUGGAGCUAUUGAGUUGACGUGA